CGGGACUCGCGGCUUCUGCUGAAGCAGGAUGCGCAUUCUGUAAAGUGCUACGUGAGGAGACGUUACGUAAUGCUUUACCAGAAGCAUGUACCGUCACGUAUCAUCUCCGCUACCUUUGGAAUCCUCCGUGUGCACCAGAAGGCGUUGGCCUGUACAUGCUGCUCGCUGACCUGACUGCCAAGGUCGAAAAGGACGACAGUGAUCCCAACGUCAUACUCGUUUCGAUUGCCUUUAGCAUUGAGUCGGCACAAGAAACUUGCAGAAACUGGUUGCGAACCAUACUGUCUCCGCCUUCGGACGUGCUCUGUGAUGAGAACGUUGCAUGGAUCCAAGAAGAACUGGAGAAUGACGAUGCCAGUUAUAGCCAGCAUACGCAGUCCGACUUCUUACCCAUGCGACUUAUUGACGUCGAAGCCGAGGCGCAUACUGGCAGUGUCCGGAUCGUGACGACCUUAGCGAUGCCUUCGCACACGCGAUACCUGGCAUUGAGCUACUGCUGGGGAGAGGCAUUUGCAGCCGCACAACAAUUGAAAACCACAUGGUCCACGUUGCGACGACAUCUCCAGUGCCUUCCAUCGGACCAGAUAACCAACGUAGUUCAUGAUGCGAUAAAAGUUGCGCGGACUUUACGCAUACGCUAUCUCUGGGUAGAUGCGCUUAGCAUCAUCCAAGACGAUACCGAAGACUGGGCACGUGAGUCUCGACGUAUGGGCCUCAUAUACACAAACGCCUAUGCAACAAUAUGCGCUCUGGCAUCGUCUAGCUGUUUGGAAGGCUUCCUUAUCCGAACUCCCACGGUUCGGGUAUACUUCAAAUCCGGCUUGAGGCCACAGGUCGAAGGGCUCCUGCACAUAUGCCGACAGCCAGCGCUGGAUCGCAUUACAGACAAAGAAUGUUCCUUUGAUUCAUUCCGGUUUUUGGAUUCAGCAUCAAGUGCGUGGAAUAGUCGCGCUUGGGUGUACCAAGAGGAAAGGCUGUCAAAACGACAGAUCUGGUUCGGAACAUCCCGCCUUCAUCUGGCGUUGAGCAAUAAGCAACUCACGGAAGGUAACCGCGACAAAUACCGCGAUCCGUUGUCAUCUCACCAGUGGCCAUCGUCGUUUCACGACGAAUAUCGCGAGUUUAUUGCCACUGGCGACGCAGAAAUUUUGCAAAACUCUUGGCUGAACGCAACUGAGUUUGUUUCUCAAAAGAAGCUGUCCGACCAACAAGACAGGUUCCCAGCAGUCUCAGGUCUCGUCAGAUUAAUAGCGGAAGCAUUAGGAGACACCUACGUUGCCGGAAUGUGGUGCAAUGACCUGCUUCGCGGCCUUCUCUGGAAGAGCGAGUCCCAUGUCGUGUCAAGUCAACCAUAUUACCUAUCUCAUAUUUCACGUCCAGGCUCUGCAACGUAUAUCUGCCCAUCAUGGAGUUGGGCAAAUACAAUCAACGGAUCCUUGGGUUACGACGUCUCGCACAAGUCAUACGAGGAUCUCCCCCCUGAGGACGAUUGGAACGGUCUGCGAGAACACUCACUGAGGUCCGAAUGCAGAUCACUUAAUGCCUGGUCGCAACCCGAAAACGCGAAUUUCAACCCAUACGGCAGGAUCACUGAUGCUAGGCUUGACGUCGAAGCAAGGGUCGCCCCACUUCCGUCUAUCCUUCAUCUUAUACCAGAUGAUCACGAGUGGAUUAACCAAGCAUAUCAAGUCACAACCCAUGAUGGCAGCAUCGCUGUUUGCGAGUUCGACUGGAGAAACCCCGACGACAACCAUGAUUUGCUGCUGGAAGACGGGCACAUGCUGCUGUUGGCGAGCGCUAUUGGCGGCGUAUACAGAAAGGAAGAUUUGGUAGCGAUCGUUGACGACAUGUCUACAAAAGCUUCGACAUGCAUCGAUACGAAGGUAGCGGAGGGCUACGACACUGAACGUAACGCAUGGGGCUUAAUCAUACAUCCUAUCGAAGAUGGUAAGUUCGUGCGCAUCGGGCGCUUCACAGUCAGAUCGAAGCUUGGUGGACUGAGAGCUUUCCAAGGCUGCGAGUGGGAGGCUGUGGCGCUACUUUGAAGAUCAUUGAUUAGAGAGAAGGCUAGAUCUUUGGCCGCGCAUGCGAUUCGCUCGGUAACGGCGGGCUUUCUUCAGCCUUGUACACAGUCAACAUCUCCAAGACGAAUAGCGCAAUAGCACACGUCACAAAUGAAUUUCUUAGAGUUAAAAA